GCUCCCGCGGCAGCUAGCGUGCCGCGCUAGUGCCCGGCGGACCCGGCUUCUUCGUCCCCCGGCUCCGGCUCCGGCCCCGGCCUCGGCCUCAGCUCGGCCCCGCGCCCGCUUCUGUCGCGGCCCGCCGAACCCGCGGGCAGCAGAGCCACCAGCGACGCCCGCACAGCCCCGGGUGCCCGGGCGGGGGGCCAUGCCGUGCCGGAGGGAGGAGGAAGAGGAAGCCGGCGAGGAAGCGGAGGGGGAGGAGGAGGAGGAGGACAGCUUCCUCCUGCUGGAGCAGUCGGUGACGCUGGGCGGCUCGGGCGAGGUGGACCGGCUGGUGGCCCAGAUCGGCGAGACGCUGCAGCUGGACGCGGCGCACGACAGCCCGGCCUCCCCGUGUGCGCCCCCAGGGCCGCCGCUGCGGUCUCCUUGGCUUCCCGCGGCCCUACCGGCAGACAAGGCUCGGCCCCCGACGAUGCCGCUGCUGCUACCGCCUGCGCCUGCCGAGGUGGGGGCCCCGGCGCCUCCCGGAGCCCUGCGCUGCGUCCUCGGGGACCGUGGCCGCGUGCGAGGCCGGGCUGCGCCCUACUGCGUGGCGGAGCUCCCUGCAGGCCCCGGUGCCCUGCCCGGACCAUGUAGGCGAGGAUGGCUUCGGGGCGCUGUCGCCUCUCGGCGCCUACAGCAGCGACGUUGGACCCAAACGGGGUCACACACCGGCGACGAUGAUCCGCAUUUACUUCUGCAGCAGCUCGUGCUCUCGGGAAACCUCAUCAAGGAGGCCGUGCGCAGACUCCAGCGAGCCGUCGCCGCGGUUGCAGCCACGAGCCCCGCGACCGCCUCUGGGCCGGGAGGCGGCCGCAACGGACCGGACCCUGUCACCCUGCAGACCUCGAGCGCCUUGCUCUGACCCGUACCCUUGGAGGAGGAAGAGAACCCUGCUGCUCGGACCUCAAUAGCGUCCUGCUCCCAUCAACCCUGAGCAGAAGCCGUUGUCUCUAAUCUGGGGGGCGACAGCCCACACUGCAGGGAGGCGUUUGGGGAGUGACAUCCAGCCGAGAAGUUGUCGGAGAAAACGUAAAGUGUAGAGAAGUGCACCGGCCAGGGUGCUUGCAUGCCGCGUGAGGAUUUCUCUGUUGUCACCUGGCCGAGGACCUGGGAUAAACUGGGAGAACUAUGGCAGCUACUUGCAUCCACUUGUACCUGACUUAGCCCUUGGGGACGUCGUGUGCUUGGAUUGUUUAAAGAUGAGGCUCGGAGGGGUGGGAAUUGUGAGGGCUUUUUAACAAUACUUGAAAACUAAUGAUAAGCAUACGUUUUGCUCAUUGUUUUCCGGUGGAGGAGCUUCCUGAAAAUGGUGCUACAAUUGCUGUGCAAAGAAAUUCUGGGGUGAAGAAGAAUGUAAACCUUUGGCCUUCGGUGGAUUGGCAUCAUCCCCUUUUCCUUCUUGGUGGCUGUUGGAGAUGGGGCCAGGAGGGAGGUGGAGAAUUUUCAAGGUGGGGAGAGUUGAAUUUGAAUGUGGACUUUUAAAUGACUUGACCUUGCCUCCUGUGGUUCAAGGUCAGGUUUACUAUAAAAGAGAGGCUGUGGUGUUCCUGGAAGAGCUAAUUCAUCCCGGGUGUAUUUUCUUUUUCUUGCUCCAAGAAGAGCCCUCUCUGCUUUGCCACUACUUGGAGUCUCCCAAGGACACUCAGACAGAGAGGGACGUAUGAGGAAGAGUUAUUUGUUUUUUCUGUGCUUUACUCUUUCCAGAACUCCUUCUGCUAGGCCACUCUUGGCCCUGCCACCAGCUUUCUCAGAAACGGUCAUAAAAAAGUCUCCUGUCCUCCUGACCAGCUUUCCUUUUUUCUGGUGUCUGUGGGGUUGGGUGAAAGCCCUAGAUUCUUCUCUGUUAUGGCCUCUGGAGCCACAGGCCUGAGACUCUGUGGCUCCUCACCCACCAACUCUUUGUGAGUGACUGAAACCUUUUAAAAAUGUGACUCUUCAGAAGGGGAAACCACUGGUUUUACCCUUGUGAAUCUUGAUGGCGCUUUAGUAAGGUGCCGUCCUCUCCCAACUUUAAGGUAGCUAAACCAAUUUUUUAAAGAUUCAAUGGCUUGUUCAUCCUUCAGAUGUAGCUAUUGACCGUACACUUCGCAACGGAGUGUCUGAAACUGUGGUGGUCCUGAUUUAUAGGAUUUCUUAAUUAAAAUGUCUGCUGAAUAAAUUUGGUUUUUGUUUUGGA